ACAUUUUAUCACUUGGAGAUUUCCCCCAAGGAAAAGAAUGAGAAGCAAAGGCCUGUGUGUGUGUUUUGGGAUCCUGAGCUGGACGGGGGCGCGUGGUCAACGCGGGGCUGCACUACAGUGAGCUUCAGCCCCGUGAGCUCAGUGACCAACUGCUCCUGUAAUCACCUCAGCAGCUUUGCUGUACUUAUGGCUCUCUAUGAUAUUGGGCUGCGUGUGAUCACACUGGUGGGACUGUCGCUGUCUCUGAUCUGCUUCCUCAUCUGCAUUGUCCGUUUUAAUUUCGUGCGAUCCAUCCAGAGCACCCGCAACACCAUCCACCUGCACCUGUGCAUCAGCCUCUUCAUCGCCUACUUUGUGUUCCUCGUGGGCAUCUCCCGCACAGAGAAUGAGGUGGGCUGUUCAGUCGUUGCAGGUAUUCUGCACUACUUCUUCCUGGCUUCCUUCUGCUGGAUGUGUCUGGAAGGAGUGCAGCUCUUCCGCAUGGUGGUGCUGGUCUUCAACACAACGCUGAGACCCGUCUAUAUGUUUGCCGCUGGUUAUGGAGUUCCUGCUGUAAUCGUGGCCAUUUCAGCCUUAGUGAAUGCAAGUGGAUAUGGCACCAAAAAGCACUGUUGGCUCAACAUCGAAGAUGGCUUCAUCUGGAGCUUUUAUGGGCCAGUUUGUGUCAUAAUUAUUGUGAAUGUAUUAUUCUUCCUCAUAACAAUAUCGAAGCUGGCAGAAAAGUUUUCCUCCCUCAACCCAGACUUAGACAGUCUGCACAAAAUCAAGGCAUUUACGAUUACUGCAAUCGCUCAGCUGUGCAUCCUUGGCAUCAUGUGGGUGUUUGGCUGUUUUCAGUUUAAUGAAAACACUGUGGUAAUGUCAUAUAUCUUCACCAUACUAAGCAGCCUGCAGGGGGUGCUGAUGUUCAUCAUGCACUGCUGGCUCGCAAAACAAGUGAGAGAGGAGUAUGCCAAAUUCCUGUCCUGUAUCUGCACACCACACAAGAGGAAAUAUUCAGAGUUCACCUCAAACCAAUCAAGCAAACCGCAGGCCUCCAGGAGCGAUACUCACACCGGUGAAUCACACAUUUAAGAGGUUAUUUCCACAAGACCAUUCAAUUUUCCAUCUGUUUGCAAGUUGGAGUGUCACAUUAUUUCUCUAUCUGCUUACUGUGAAAAUAUUCAUACAUUGUAUUUGG